CGACGACUCCAUCGUUCAGCUCGUUGGACAGACAAGAGCGUCUGCGAACAUGCAGAUUUUCGUCAAGACCCUCACGGGUAAAACCAUAACUCUCGAGGUUGAGUCCUCGGACACCAUCGACAAUGUCAAAGCCAAGAUUCAGGAUAAAGAGGGCAUUCCCCCCGACCAGCAGCGCCUGAUCUUUGCGGGCAAACAGCUUGAGGAUGGCCGCACUCUCUCUGACUACAACAUCCAGAAGGAGUCGACCCUCCACCUCGUGCUCCGUCUGCGUGGUGGUGCCAAGAAGCGCAAGAAAAAGCAGUACAGCACUCCCAAGAAAGUCAAGCACAAGCGUAAGAAAGUCAAGAUGGCGAUCCUCAAGUACUACAAGGUCGACUCCGACGGCAAGAUCAAGCGUCUUCGCCGUGAAUGCCCGUCUGCUGAGUGUGGUGCUGGUAUUUUCAUGGCCUUCCACAAGGACCGCCAGUACUGCGGCAAGUGUGGCUUAACGUACACCUUCCAGCCUGGCACCAAGCCCCCUGCUGUCUGAGCGAUGCAGCUCCAUGGACGGUAUCAUUGUGCUGUGAUGCAUGUAACAUUGUUAUAGCCUUGCGGUGUGUGCAAAUGCUAUCCAGUCGUCUUCACAAUUGUUC